AUGACUUUGAAGACUCAGUGUGGUCUAUUUUUCCCUGGAGCAAGGAUGCAGCUGUUUUUUAUCUGGACACUGGUUGCUCUUAGUUUUGCAGACACAGGGGCAGCACAGGACCUCAAACCUUCUACUUCCUGGAGAAAGCCUAACAUAACAACAUCCAAGGAUGAAUGUAUUAGCAUUGCAAGUGCUGCUCUGGAGAAAGCAAUUAGCAACCUUACACCUGAUGGAAUGUUUGGUGGCACGUUUCUCUCUUUUACUGUUUUGUUUAACAUUUUCAGAACUUUUGUGUCACACUCAGAUUCUACAUAUGGAACCCCUGGGAGGCUUUAUGCACAAAUGGUUGAAUUUGAUAGGCUGACAAACCAGACAAAGUACAAAGACAUGCUAAAGCACUAUUUUGUAUUGGCAGAAUUGGAAAAACCUGGAUUUAUGGAUGUAUUUGUUAGUCCUAUAGACUAUGGACUGAGUUAUGGAUAUGCUGCUGCCCAUGCAUAUACCACAUAUCAAGACAAUGACUUUCUUGACUGGGCUGUGACUUCUUGGACUUCUGGAAGACUAUACACCAUCUCUGAGAGCCAAGCAGCACUGGGGAUCAUGGACAAGAAGCAGUUCAACAUGUCAUCAUCCUGCCAAGAUACUACUAUGGCUGGUGGUACAUUUUGGUCCAAUGAUACCAAUGAACCAACACUCAAUUCUCUAAACUCAGGCUCCUUUUUUAUUGUUUCUGCUCUAUUAGCAGAAGCAACCUCUAAUGAGACAUAUCUCAAUGCUUCCAUGGAGUCAGCAAAUUUCUUACAGUCAGAUCUUCUCAAUCUUGAUAAUAAUAUCAUGCUUUUUUCUAUCUCUUCAAAGUUGAGUGACUCCUGCUUAGUAGAAUCUGCAAUGUAUUUGUAUGAUUCAGCAGUCUUUGUUGAAGGAUUAGCUAUCCUAGCUUCUAUCACUAGUAGCGCAUCAACUGAAGCCUUACUAUGCAGCACUGCCAUUGCUAUUGUUUCUGACAGUGAAAUAUGGCAGGGAAUAGAUGGGGUCAUUGAUACUAUGGACCUUGGAGGACACUAUGUUCUACAUGCCCUGGCAGCUGUAUAUGAGCAUAACACAACAUCCUCUGAUCUUUGUGAAUAUAUCGAGGGAUACAUUGUUCAGUACAAUGCUGUCAUUGAGCAGGCCACCUCAGGUGGGAGCAACAUUUAUGGGGUGCCCUGGACAGGACUAGGGCUUUGCACCAUCCUGUAUACGGUAUACAGCCGUAUAGCCACGGUACAGUGA